CAGGCAGUGCGGUAGGCAGUCGGAGAGGUGGGGGUGGGGGGGCCUGGCGGUGGAUCUCUCUGGAACAUCUCCGUCGGUGCCGGACUUUUCCGCGUCCACGUCAUGUGCAGGAGUGUGAGGGUGCCCGGAGAUUAUCCUUCUUCCUGCCGUCCUUGCGGGCCGGCCGCCCCUUCAUGCAUCGACUGAAGGUUGUCGCCGACUCGGGGAAUGAGAAGAUGUCGGGGCCUGUGGACCCGGACGAGCCUUACGAUUUCCUCUUUAAAAUCGUCCUGAUCGGAGACGCCGGCGUCGGCAAGACCUGUGUCGUCCAGCGGUUCAAAUCGGGUAUCUUCGUGGAGAAACAGGGCAACACGAUCGGGGUGGACUUUACAAUGAAAACCUUGGAGAUUCAAGGCAAGCGGGUCAAAUUGCAGAUAUGGGACACAGCUGGACAAGAACGAUUUAGGACAAUUACACAGAGUUAUUAUCGAAGUGCUAAUGGUGCGAUUAUUGCUUAUGACAUUAGCAAAAGGGGAUCUUUUGAAUCUGUGCCACGGUGGAUAGAAGAUGUGAAGAAGUAUGCAGGUUCAAACAUUGUGCAAUUAUUAAUUGGUAACAAGUCUGAUAAGAAUGAUGCCCGAGAGGUUCAAUGCCAAGAAGCCCAAACUCUUGCAGUUCACUACGAUAUGGUGGUAUUAGAAACUUCUGCCAAAGAUUCCAGCAAUGUGGAAGAAGCUUUUAUAAAAAUGGCCACAGAGCUAAUGCUGAGACAUGCUGGGCCUAUGUUCACUGAAAAAGCAACUGAAAGCAUCAAAUUAAACAGCAAAGAUGUUGGUGAAGGAUGGGGAUGUAGCUGCUGACAUUGCAGGUUAAUUUUAUUGGGUUUUGCAUCAUCUCGUUUUAAAAUAGAUCAAUCACAAAUACGGUUUAAGUCACUUGGCUUGGACUCAGUUUUUAGUAGUGUGUUUGUGCACAGAAUCUGUGCAAACCAUUGUGAACUGUAUCCAUUCCUCCAAUUUGAAGACUGACAGUUAAAGCUGUUCUUGCUGGUCAUGAAAUCUUGACAUUCCAAUAACAACCAUAAUCCCAUCGCCUUAACUACUGAUCCUGAAGCACUCAUUUUCUCUAACCGCUUUUUUUCUAAUUAAAUUUAUAUAUUGGAACAGAAAAUUUUACAGAGAAGACAUGAACAUUUCAAAUAUGAAACUGUAAUUAAAAUUAAAUUGGACAUGGUACAUAGGACUGCUUUUUUAAAAUAAAAAUGACUGUUGGUAGCAGUCAUUGGGGACCGGGUGGGGAGAUGUGAAUAAUUAUCUAAUUUUCUUCUGCAUAUCCAUUGUUGCCUUACAAAUUAAAAACACCUGCAUUCCAGCUACUUUUUGUCUCAGUUCGUAUGCAUUAGCAAUUUUGGCAGUCCUGCAUAUAGCUCUUUAAAAUCUGAGUUUAUAUUUUACUGUGGGGUGUUGUAUACUUGCCUGACCUAUUUUAAUAGGUGUUGAUUUAAUUUGAAACUUGAAUCAGUUGCAUUCAUGUAGUAAUUAAUCUUGAAGGCGAUUGUGCUAUUUUUGCUCGGUGUGUUGUGGCGCACACUGACCCAAAUGUUUUGUUGUUCCCAAGACAAUGAUGUAACUCUCACUGCUGAUUGGACAAAAUCAGAGAGCAGCUGAGAGAAGACAUUGGUUAGCCUAGCGACAGAUAAUUGCAACUCCCAGCCUGGGUGUUGUUCUUUGUAUUAUGCGAUCCUGCAUGUAACUUACAACUAGGAUCAAUGCCAGCCUUAUUAUUGAUUCAAAGUACGUAGUCUGUAUUGGUGAGAACAAAGCAUCCAGCAACAGACAGUACUGAUGUGUUCUAUGCUUGGCAUUUGCAAAAUGCUGGCGGGGAUAAUCUCUCCUAGAAAAUGCAUCAUGCACUUUAUUUUUUUUUAAAAGCAGGUUCCAGAGUAUGUUAUGAAGUAAUUUUAUCAGCAAUAGUGAUUUUUAGGAGGUGGGAAUAGUCCGUGUUAUCCAACAAUCUCCCAGAACUAGUCUUCAUUAUAUUGAAAAUGACAGCACUACUUCCUGACAAUACUUAUUUCAGAUCAACAUUAACAAUGUUAAUUAACAAUGAAUAAGCCAGAGAAUUUCGGGCAUUCUGAUUUACAAAGAGGAUUGGAUGUAGUUUGGUACAAUAUUAUUUUAUGGAAGGGGGUUAAAGAAAAAUUUUGUGCUUAGGAUGAAAUAAUGAACAUUCGGAGUACAUAAAUUUUAAUAACCAGAUAAAGGGAUAGUGCCUACAGUAUUUAGCUAUAUAAGAGUUUUGCACAUGUUGCUUUACUAAUAUCUAGUGUGUUAACUGCAACAUUCUGUGGAAAUUCGAUGCUGGUGUAAAUAGUCCCUGGUGUUAUUCCUAUUUUAAAUACAAGAAUGAAAGGUUACUGGGAUAAUGCAGUGUCUUAACAAUGUCCUUUUAUCUCAGAGAUUUGCUUUCAAUUCCAGUCCAAACUGGUGGCAUAAUGUCUCUCUCUGUCACCUGUAAGGGCAAUCCUCUGCAAAAUAAUGCAAUAUAUAUAAUAUAAAAUAAAAAGAGAUAAUGCUGGAAAAACUCAGCAGGUCUGAUCACGCCCGUGGAGAGAGAAACAGAAUUAAUGUUUCGAGUCUCACACGGACCCGGAACAUUAACUCUGAUUCUCCCUCCAAGAAUGCUGUUAGACCUGCUGAGUUUUUCCAGCAUUUUCUGUUUUUAAUUCAUAUUUGCAGCAUCCACAGUGUUUUGCUUUUAUCUCUGCAAAACAAAUCUGGGUAUUUUCAAUCCAGCUCGUUGUUAGGGGUGAAUCAACAGACAAAAUGAUUGUUGUGGAAAAUGAAAACAUUAAUGCCAUAUAGGUUGAUUUUCUAAAGCUGUGGUUAAUUUAUAUUUGGGCAGAAUAUUACUUCAACUUGCCCGGCCUGAUAUUGCUGCCACUCGAGGGCCAAUUCUAAGUCCUGGGGAGAGUGGUCAGCAUGCCCCCUUUCCUGGGUGUUUAAGUUGGAGGAAACAGUGGGGUUUAACCACUGAGCCUCAUUUGAAUGUUGCCAGUUUGCAGCUCGCUUGUUUGGCCCAAAGUAGCAGCUGGACAGGUAAAGAAGAGCAAAUGGCCUGGAGUUGUUCAUCAGCAUCAAGAGAAGACAGCUGGUGGGUAAGGUGGGGUGGGGGGUGGUGCGGUGUUGGCUGUGUACCAAAGGUGUCUCACACCUAGAGAAGGAAUCAGGGCAUAGAAGGCCAAGGUAUUCCUUAUAGGACCUGGUGGAGCACUUCCUGCUCCUCCUGGCCACACUAAGGAAAGUUUACUCGCCUUCAGUUGCCUCGCUGGCUUCCUGCUAGCUUUAUCUGACUGGCCCUGAGAGAUGUUCCACUCAGCAGAGGGUUAAAAUUCCAAAGGGCGCUACGGUUUGUCAGAGUCCAGUGGGAGCCUUGCUGCCAAAAUUAUCGGUGUUAAAAUGAAACUUCAGUGGGAAUAGAUCCAUUCGAUUUUAACUGCUGCCCCACUCUUUUUGCACCUGUUGGGGGAAGAGUUAAAAUUCCUCCUUUAGUGUGGAAAGCAGAGAAAAACCAUUUUAUUUCCCGAUGCUGACUUCCUCCACCUCAUUGCCCACAAAAAUAUAUAGAAAACAUAAAAUGCAAACUUUCUCAGUGAGGUUAUACUACAUUGAAUUGAUACUGAAUUACUAUAGGAUUUUAAUGGAACUGACUGAAUUAUCAUUUAAUUAUUCUGUCAUGUUGCACUCCGGCUCCAUUAAAGUCAUGCUUUUUGAGCUGUAGACUGGUAGUGGCUGCCUUUUGCUGGAUAUAUUUUUGUUCUAAUUUAAAUAAAGGAAAUCUCUAAUAAUGCUAACUUAUGCAAUCAUUUACACCGUGAUGUAUUGAUACAUAAAAUAGGUCAUUAAUCCAUUGAUAUAUCAUGUAAAAUUGUGUGGUUGCCAAAUUGAACUGAUUGUCAGUAAGGACAAUACAAUAACAUCCCAUCUCAAAGAACUUGUUCUAGACGUUUAGUUAUUUGUAGACUAUUCCUCCCCUCAUCCAUACAGAAGUACUCUGCACAUCUAUCACCACCAUAAACAGUGUUGUUUUCCCAAUGGACCCAAGUUCAUAAAUUCUUAAGUUAAAAUAAAAGUUACUAAAUUGUGUAAAUGUUUAGUGACCAAGCUGUCAGAAUGUAUUCCAGAUGAUAUUGUCUCUAAUCUUCAGCAAUACACAUAUUGCUGAUCUACUUUAUUAUCUGCAUAAGUCUUGAAACUUCUCUAAUUUGGAUAGUCUCACUCUACUGUAUUGACUGUUUAGAGAUCAGUGCUUGUUUUUUUUCAAAAAGAUGGGGUUUAUAUCUUGUCAAUUUAAUUUGAUUUUAAUUCAAUGGCGUAAGUUUUGUUCCUAACUUUUUCAGAAUCCAUUCCUUUAUAACCUGUCAGCAUGUAUCAUGUUUUUUAAAAGCAAAUUUUAAAUUUGCAAACUGUAUGAGAAACAUGCAUUUUGUAAAAUAUUAAGGUGGCACCAAGCAAACAUCUAAUCAGUCUGUUUUAUUAGCAUGUAAUUUAGCAAAGUUAGACCUAAAGUCUGGCUGCAAGGUGAUUCUUACAGUAUUCAAAAUUCACACACCAAAUAUUCCAAUACUGCACUUUAUUACCAAUGAACAAGAUCAUGAACAUAAGGGCUAAACACAUAAUAAUCAAUCAAGUGAUAGACAUCAACUAGUCUUCUGUAUUUACAUUUUAUAAUUCUUCAUAGUUUAUUUUAGUAUAAGGAUUUUGUAUAAAAUUGAUUUAGAUUUUAAUCUACUUAAUUUGAUAAUUCUGAUAUUUUUGAGAGAGUUUUAUACCAUACCUGUCCUUGGACCGAAGUCAUUCCAUGGAAUCCCUUUGCUAGGUUACACAGCAAGUUAGCUGAGGCAUAUGACAGGGAAGGCUCAGGUUUGAGAGGCAGUUUUAAUGCUGAGUUAGCUGAUCUCACCCUGGAUAGGGGUUGGAAUGCCACUAUUAUUUGCAACAGCCCUUGAACAAGUAGGGUGGGAAAGCAGUUGAUUGGCAUUCAGCAACCUGUACUGGCAACACAUUUGUGUAUGCUGGAUUGGGCUUAACUGUGAUGUGCUCAUAUUCAAAGUCUACUAAUAUUCACCAACAAGGCUCACACAUGAAUAACAGUAAACUGGCAAGAUAGCAAUGCUAAUGGAACUGUGUCAACAAUUUCAGAAGAGGAGGGGAGGAAAGAAAAUUGGCGAGAAAAGGUUUUUAAAAAAAAAACAUUCUGUGUACCUGUAGUAUGAAAUAAUUUCUUCAGGCUGCCAUAAUUAAUUUCUGAUGUUAGAACAACACUUUAGCACAUUAAUACAUUAGUAAGGGAUCUAACAGGAUUUGCAGUUCUGAAAAUUUUUUUAAAAAUUAGUGUAAAACAAUUGGAAGAAGUAGCUAUAAAGUGAAUUUCAUUCUUGACAUUUUUGGGGUUUCGCACUAUAGAGCGAUAGUUGUAUUUUACACAGCUCUGUUCCAAAUGUAGAUCAGUGGUUAGCUCAGUUUAUUGUUAAAAGUCAACCUAUCAAUCUUCCCUUCACCAAUUCACACGAUGGAUAACGGAUUUUGGAUGUUGUCAUUCUUCACAAGAUGUCUGAAUAGCAGAAACAUCAAAAGGUAACUAGUCCUGGACCGGAGGUAGUUAAAUAACAGGCUUUAAAGUGUGAAAAUGAAUGAUUUAGCGACAAGCUCACUGUAUGCAGCUUGCACAGCCUCAUAGCUAACCAUAGGGACAUAGAAAUUCUCAAACUUGAACACAUUGUUAGAGUAUUGUAUAUGACUGGAGAGAGGGCAGUGAGAUAUGAGAUGCUGCUGCCCCAGCCAGAUUGCUUGAAGCAGUUGUAAUAUUCUCUCCUUUCACUUAAUAUCCACUUUAUCUUGUUGUUUUUUUACUGUGUAUUGCUUAUACAUGUAAAAGUAAAAUGAAUGAUUUGGUAUAACUAGAUCAAACAUUUCUGAAACAAAAGGAUUGAGAUUGAAUAUUGAAGUCUGUUGUUGUAAAAUACCUUGAAAGUAAAAAUAAAUCAUGGGUA